AUGCCCAACACGGACUUCCGCCUCAACCACAAUGCGUGGGUGCUGCUGUCAGCUGACAGCGGCUACUCCAUGUGCAACGACCUCAGCCGCUUCACCAGCCUGCGCGCCAUCAGGCCGCUGCAGACGUCGGACGUGUCGCGCCGCCUGAAGUUUGCCUACGCCAUCGGCGACGUCAAGCUGCGCAUUGCCACCAUCAACGGCGAGACGGGCGACCUGGUCCUGCGCGGCGUGCUGUACACGCCCGACCUGGUCUACAACCUCCUGACCGGCAGCAGCAUCAUCGGCAUCGGCGCCCCCUUCGAGGAGGGCGCCAUCGACACCAAGGAGGGCGGCCUGAUGGUGUCGGACCGCGACAAGAACGACCGCAUCCUGUUCCCCGCCAGCCAGGAGCGCUCCAGCGGCCUGCCCUACCUGCAGCUGGCCGACGAGUACUCGGCCCUGUGGCCGGAGGACACGCCGACCGAGGGCCGCCCGCUGCUGCUCUCGCUCACCGUCUCCGCCCGCGGCAACCCCGUCUUCCAGGGCGCCACCUUCCUGCGCCAGGACGAGCUGGGCAUCACCAUCCCCGUCGUCAACGGCGGCAGCGUCAUGAGCCCUCCUUCGGCCGGCCCCGGUGGCGAUCCCUGGAGGAGGAACGGCGCCUUGUCCCCUGUCGCCUCGCCCUCGGCGUCCAAUGACAAGGACAUGUUCGGCACCGCAGCGCUUGUCAACCAGCUCUGGAACAAGCACGCUGCUCUGGAGGCCGAAGUCGCCAGUCUACGCGAGAAGGUGGAAAAUGCGGGGCUGAACAAGUAG